AUGGCAGGCGAAGUAGACCAGCAACAAACUACUAAUACUGUAGGAGAACCUUUGGAUCACAUCAGACUUAGUCUUGAUGAACAAAGUUAUGUAAAAAUGAGAAAUGACCGAGAACUUCGAGGCAGAUUACAUGCUUAUGACCAGCAUUUAAAUAUGAUUUUGGGUGAUGUUGAAGAGACUGUGACAACAAUAGAGAUCGAUGAAGAAACAUAUGAGGAGAUCUACAAAUCCACCAAGAGGAAUAUCCGAAUGCUGUUUGUCAGAGGAGACGGAGUUGUACUUGUCGCUUCUCCACUGAGGGUUAGCUGAAACUAUGAAAAAUGGAUUAUUUGAACCU